CCGGAAGUUCCCCAUACAUUAGCUUCUACCAUUCUGUCGUCAUUUUGGCUAUUGUCCCGAAAACCAUCAACGGUAUUAAUCGAAAGGUAUUAAUCAUAUUGGUAUUACUGCAAUGCUCGGUCUGCCAGUGUGCUUGAGAGCUGUCGGUUUGUUAAUUUGGGGCCAAGCUUAAGGACGCCCAUUGCAUGUAACACUGGCUGGCAGGUUUUGUGUAGAGCCACCCCACGUGUUGCUAUCGGGACGAAUGUAUUGGAGGUUUUGGACAGAUACUGAAUAUUACCGUCUCAGUGACAUUGCCAGAUUCAAGCCUUCCUGUCGCUCAAGUUGAAACGCAUAAUAAGCUGUUUUCACUGAUAUUUUGGCUUCAUACCCUACACAAUGAGCGAAUAUUUCUGCCUGUCAGAGUGUGAUGUUAUUGGGUUUGAUUUGGACCACACGCUCUGCCGCUACCAUCUAAAGGAAACCUCUAAGCUCAUCUACGACAGUUUCGCCAGGUACCUGGUGGAGCAUAAGGGCUACGACAGGGACCUGCUGACCGUGACCUCUGCAACAUGGGAUUUCUGUUUCAAGGGUUUGGUAGUGGACCUGGAAGAUGGAAAUCUGAUUAAGUUGGCCGAAGAUGGAACCGUUUUAAGGGCAUCACAUGGGACAACUUGCUUAAGCACUGAAGAUAUUAUAAAGCAUUAUGGUCCCAAGAGAGAGUGGAGGCAUUUUGACAGCCUCAAUACCUCGUACACCAGAUCAGCAAAAUACUAUUUUUAUGACAACUACUUUGAUCUUCCUGGGGCGCUUCUCUGUGCAAGAGUGGUGGACAUGUUACACAAGCGUGGGAAUGAGGUCACAGCAGAUUUCUGGAAAGACAUCGUCGCUGCCAUAGAUCAUAAUUAUAAUACUUCAGCUUUUAAAGAGGAUUCCGGCUGGUAUUUCCCCAGCGUGAAGAGAGACCCAGGCCGGUACCUGGAGCCCUGCUCCGACUCCCUGAAAGCCUGGCUGCAUGCCAUGAAGACCUCCGGCAAGGUGCUGCUGCUCAUCACCAGCUCCCACAGCGACUACUGCCGGCUGGUGUGUGAUCACAUCCUGGGGAAGGACUUUGAGGAGCUUUUUGACGUCGUCAUCACCAACGCCCUGAAGCCCGGCUUCUUCUCGCUGGUCCCUCAGCAGAGACCCUUCCGGACACUAGUGAAUGACGUGGAAGAAAGCGAGGGGCUGCCAUCACUGGACAAGCCGGGCUGGUACUCCCAGGGCAACUGGCCCCAUCUCCACGAGCUACUGAAGACGAUGACUGGGAAAGCCAACCCGAAGGUGGUGUAUUUCGGCGACAGCAUGCGCUCAGACAUGUUCCCGGCCAGCAGCUACGGGAAGUGGGAGACGGUGAUGAUCGUGGAGGAGAUGGAGGGGGAGGGGGUCCCACGCAGCAGUGGGGGCAUCAAGCCGGGCGACGUGCAGCUGGAACCGCUGGAAAAGAAGGGGAAGUAUGAUAACCAAGGCAUGAAGACGCCGUCGGCCAGUUCUGAGCAGUGGGGUUCCUACUUCGUGGAUGUGCACAGGGGGACUGAGGGCGAAGAGGAACCAUCCAGGCUGACUUGGUGCUGCCACAGCAUCCACACGUACAGCAGCCUGGCCAUCCCCAGCGUGGAGGCCAUCGUAGAUCUUCCGCUGGAUUACAAGUUCCUGAGAUUUUCCCCGGAUAAACCCAGCACCACGGGCUACUACCCAAGGCCUCCGGAUUCACUGCUGAAGAAGUUUGAAAGCGUUCCCUGAGGGGCCGUCCUCUUCUGGGCUGGG